AGUCAGUGUAGAAGAGAUAGAGGAUCUCGCGAGGCGCGGCUGGGAUCUACAAGGAUCUAAGUUUAAAACGACCAACCGCCACCAUGAACGGCGUGUACGGUGACAAAACGAACGCAAAAGAUGAAGACGUCAUGAUGGAAAGCCCUGAGAAGAUUGCACAGAAGCGACUGAUGGACGGCAGAGACAACGAGCAGAAUAGGGGCAGGUUCUACAAAAUGCUACCAGUGGAUGCAGAGGGACGUAGCGGACGCUAUUUUACAGUGACUCCCAGACAUUACAAGGCAGCUGCAGCACGUGCAGAUACGAGCAUCGUCCCAGUUAUAAAACCAAACACUGUUGCUGAGAUGGUUGUUAUACACCAGUGUUGCUGUGGGUGCUCCCUUAGAAUGGGCACAAUCAUCAUAGCCAUUUUGUUUGUGAGUUUAAGCUUUGUGCAGAUAGGAACAUCAAUGUACUAUUUGCUCACCCAUCAGUACAUCGAUGAUGUCGUGAACAGAGGAGAGUUGGUUUCAGUUAUUAAGGCACUCCUGAUAGAAGUCCUUGUGUAUUCCGCUAUGCAGGCUAUCUGUAGUGUACUUCUCCUUUAUGGGGCAAUUCAGGAAAAGUCUGGCAUGCUUCUUCCGUGGGUUGUUACGGAAAUCCUGGUGAACAUAGUAAUGGCUGUAAUAGGCAUUAUCGUAUUCUCUGGUGCUUUUACGAGUACUGCAAUCGCAAUUGUUGGCCUUAAUACACGAGUAUUUGUUUGUAUCGUCAUCUAUGUGUUGUUCAACCUGUACUCUCUGGUAGUCGUGUGCAGCUACUACCGGACUCUCCGUGAGAAACCAGAUACUGUCAAGCUGGUAGCGUACAGAGGUGUGAAGUGAGGUCAUUACAGUCCCCGUGUAGCUGGUGAAACUGCUCUUGACUAAGACGUUUUCUUGUGAAUACAUCUGUGAACGUUGAAGGAACCAAAGUUAUCAGGCAUCGUUAUUGGUUCUGACAGUGCAUCUAGACUCCAUGUACAACUUUUACCACGAAUAUUGUCUUCACUGUAGUAGCCACACACCUCUGGCCCAAUUUGCUGUUUCCAUUUUCAGAAACAGAGAAUUUCAUAAAUGGUUCCAGACAUCAUUGAAGCGUACAAGAAUUCAUUUCGCACUGUUUUGCACAAAACUUUAUAUAUAUAAGCCUCAAGUGUUACACCUAGCGAAGCAUAGUUCACUAUGUGUUGUUCACUGUGCUCUUACAAAAUAUACCUAUUUACUAUCAUUAUGUACAAUUGUAACAUUGCAUUUCCAUUUUUGUAAGUGAAUUGUGAUCGUCUUCAUCUUAUGUUACAUGUAAUUUGUAGCACAAAGUGUAAGAUGUUUCGACUAUGCGAUGUUGCUGACUAAAGAUUAAUGCCUGAAUGAAUUAUUAGUGAAAUUAAUAAAUGACAAAUUUCUGUUUCUA